AUGACUACUGAACCUUCUAAAAGACAUGUUUUAAUGAUCGAUAAUUACGAUUCCUUUACUUGGAAUUUGUAUCAAUAUUUGUAUCAAUCUCCAAAAUGUGGUAAAGUUGAUGUUUUCAGAAACGAUAAAAUCACAAUUUCUGAAAUUGAAAAUAAAAUCAAACCCGAUAUAAUUUUUAUUUCCCCAGGUCCAGGACAUCCACUUACUGAUUCCGGUAUUUCUAGAGAUGUUAUUAAACAUUUUGCUGGUAAGAUUCCUAUCUUUGGUGUUUGUAUGGGACAACAAUGUAUCUUUGAAGUUUUUGGUGGAGAUGUGUCAUAUGCUGGAGAAAUUGUCCAUGGUAAAACUACUACCAUCAAACAUGAUAGCAAGGGUAUGUUUGAAGAUGUUCCACAAUCUGUUGCUGUUACUAGAUACCAUUCUUUAGCUGGUAGUUCCAAGACUUUACCGGAUGUUUUGGAAGUUACUGCAGUUACUGAAACUCAACCUGAAAUUAUUAUGGGUGUUAGACACAAGAAAUAUACCAUUGAAGGUGUUCAAUUCCAUCCUGAAUCUAUCUUAAGUGAAAGUGGUCAAUUAAUGAUUAACAAUUUAUUGGGUGUUUACGGAGGUACCUGGGUAGAAAAUGAAUCUAUCAAGAAGGGUAAUGUGAUUAAAAAGAGUGAGAAUAUCUUGACCAAAAUUUACAAACAAAGACAAUUAGAUUAUGAAACCAUUGAAAAAUUACCUGGUAAAUCAUUUGAAAAUUUACAAAUUGAAUUGAAUUUGGAUAUUGCUCCACCAUUGAUUAAUUUUUAUGAUCGUCUCAAAUACACUCAAUCUACUUUAAACCAAACCAUCAUAUUAUCUGAAUUCAAGCGUGCCAGUCCAUCAAAAGGUGAUAUUAAUAUCAAUGCUCAUCCAGCCAAUCAAGCUUUAACUUAUGCAACCAAUGGAUGUUCGGCAAUUUCUGUUUUAACUGAACCACAUUGGUUCAAAGGUUCUUUAGAUGAUUUAUCUUUGAUUAGAAAAGUUAUUGACAAACCAUCAACUUCUGAUUACAAGCGUCCAGCCUUGUUGAGAAAAGAAUUUGUUUUCAGUAAGUAUCAAAUCUUGGAAAGUAGAUUAGCAGGUGCUGAUACUAUUUUAUUAAUUGUUAAAAUGUUGAAUGAUGAAAAAUUGUUACACGAAUUAUAUGAAUAUUCUUUAGAUUUGGGUAUGGUACCAUUAGUCGAAGUCAACAACAGUAAAGAAUUAAAACAAGCAUUGAAAUUAACUUAUAAAGGAACUACUGAAGAUGGUUUGAUAAUUGGUGUCAAUAACCGUAACUUGACUACCUUUGAUGUUGAUUUAAACACUACUAGUUCCUUGGUUGAUGAAGCUAAAAACAGUGAUAGAAAGGGUGAUGUAUUAGUAUUGGCAUUAUCGGGAAUAAGCUCGGUUGAUGAUGUCAAGAAGUACAAAUACGACGAUCAUGUUGAUGGGUUCUUAAUAGGAGAAAGCUUAAUGAGAGCUGAAGAAAAAGGUGAAGCCGGUAAGUUCUUACACGAUUUAUGUACUUGUUAA